AUGAACAAAGUAAUAAUUUAGUCAAAAAAAUUAAUAUUAGCCAGUAUCCAAUAUUUUAGUUAUGCUGAAAUUUAAAAUUUAAAGUUAACUAAUAAAAGUAGUCAAUUUAUAGAUUAAUUCAAAAAUUUCGAUGCUGAUAUAUUAUGCUUAUAAGAGGUUGAUAAUCUUAAAUUUUAUCAAGAACCUAAAGAUAAACUUAAUUAUGAUAUCUGCUACUUAAAAAGACCUGAUUGACCAGAUGGAUGUUUAAUUGCUUAUAAAAUUGAGAAAUUUAAACUUCUGAAAUAUUCAGAGUAUUCCCUUAAUUAGAGGGCUGUAGAUUACGGUUUCCUCAGUAAUAUCAUAGACAAAAUAUGUUUUAAAUUGUCAAAUUGGAACACAUGUAAAUAUUUUUUAGAUAUAAUAAGAUUAACAAAAAAACAUUCUUAAUAGGAAACAUACAUGCAUUUUGGAAUCCAAACCAAGAUGAUUU